AUGGACAAAUCUGGCGGUCUCGACAAUCAAAAUUUUCGGCUGCAUCCUGCAGCAAGGCAAUUGCCAUCCCUUCCCGUCGAGCUAUGGCGUCAAAUCUUUCGACUCUAUCUCAGACCAUCGAUCACAAAUUUGCCACAAAACUCACUUUAUGGCUAUGGCCAAUGUGUCUCCCUCAAUAGUGGAGAAGUUGCGCACAUAUAUCGCAAGAAGGAGCAGACGCGAGCCAUUCUGCGUUGCGUGUGCCGUAUAUGGAAGACGAUAUCUGAUGAGCUAGACGAUGCCAUUGUGAUGAGUAAUUUGGACGAGUUUGACUGGCCUCCUGGUCGUUCAAAGCCCCAAGCAAAAGCCAUAUACUAUAUUUCCGACGACCUUCAAUAUUACGACACAAGACAUCCCCUCAAAGCUUACCGCGAGGCCAAGGGUAAAAUUCAAAGAACUCCGGGGAAACUCCGCUAUCUGGAUAUCACACUCUACAAUAGCCUUUUUUCAGCAGGAGUGCCGGCUUAUGGGACGGUUUCAUCUUGGUGUUUUCCUAUGCUUGCGUUUCUCCGAGUGGAUGCUAUUGGAGAAUAUGCCAAAAAGGAGGUUCUUGGUCUCAUACGAGCUCAUAGUAACCAGCUUGUAGAACUCCAUGCGUUGGAUCUCGGUGUGGAGUUUCCGACAUCCGAUGACUGGUGGAGUUUUUGCUCGCUCCAGCUAUUCGUGAUGAAUAACCUCGACAUGCUGGCUGACGUGCUUUCCUCCGUGGGCACUCUCUGGACGCGGAAAUCGACCAAUACGUCCAAUGAGACGAUGAUAGUUGAGACGGCAUCUCAACGCCUCACUAUGGGUCUUCAGUAUCCCAUGAUCACUCGGCAUACGAAGGUACACAUUAUUCGAGUGUUCGAGCAAUCCCAGUCUGUUCUUCCCUUUCUCGAUUUUACAGUGUCACGGACAUGGGACUCCAUACAAACGACACUUACCGAGUCCGACUACCACACUGAGGCGCGUAAGAAUCUCAGGGAAUCGUUGGGGUUGAUGGAAAACCUGCGAAUUGACUUCGUCGAUCCAGCCGGGAAUGGCAUUGAUUCCUAUGAGGCCCGCUGUUUGAAAAGUACAGUCGAACUGAUGUCUCCAGAGCCGCUACAAGACGGGUUUUGCGGUGAAUCUUCCCUAUAUUGA